UCGGAAAGGUUCGUUUUGAAACGAUUAUCACGGAAAAAGCCGAGCUCAGGCGGACCUGUCCGGAACAUCCGGCUGGGGCUCCUCAACAUAAACAGAAAUGGCGGAGGCAGCAGCAGCGUCUACGGCGGCGGUAACAGGAGGUUGGACCAAACACGUAACCUGCCGGUAUUUCAUGCAUGGUCUGUGCAAAGAAGGAGACAACUGCCGGUAUUCCCAUGAUCUGACCAGCAGCAAACCUGCAACCAUGAUAUGCAAGUUCUUUCAGAAGGGAAACUGCGUGUACGGAGACCGCUGCAGGUUUGAACACAGUAAAGCUGCGCGGAAAGAGGAACUGCCAACCUCCCAGACGCUGCUGCCGGCCUCCGCCUCCGCCUCGCUGUCUGACCCGUCACCUGCAGACCCCAGUGGGCUGACACCCGCACAAGGGGGGCAGGACUGGGUCAACGCAGCCGAGUUUGUUCCUGGACAGCCGUACUGUGGGCGCGCUGAGCCGGCGAAGGUGGAAAGCUCUGUUCCUCUCAUCGAGGAGUUUGACCCUGACGCGCCACUAGAGAACAAAGACCUGAGGAAGCAGCUCUGUCCCUAUGCUGCUGUUGGAGAGUGUCGCUAUGGGAUCAACUGUGCCUAUCUCCAUGGCGACGUGUGUGACAUGUGUGGGCUUCAGGUCCUCCACCCCACCGACAACAACCAACGCUCAGAGCACACCAAGGCGUGCAUUGAAGCCCAUGAGAAGGACAUGGAGAUCUCCUUUGCCAUCCAGCGCAGCAAAGACAUGAUGUGUGGCGUCUGCAUGGAGGUGGUGUUUGAGAAAACCAACCCCAGCGAGCGCCGCUUCGGGAUCCUCUCCAACUGCAGCCACUGUUACUGUCUCAAGUGCAUUCGCAAGUGGAGGAGCGCCAAGCAGUUUGAGAGCAAAAUUAUCAAGUCCUGUCCCGAGUGUCGCAUCACCUCCAACUUUGUGAUCCCGAGUGAGUACUGGGUGGAGGACAAGGACGACAAGCAGAAGCUGAUUCAGAAAUACAAAGACGGCAUGAGGAACAAACCGUGUCGAUACUUUGACGAGGGCCGCGGGACCUGCCCCUUCGGCUCCAACUGCUUCUACAAACACGCCUUUCCUGACGGGCGUCUGGAGGAGGCUCAGCCACAGCGCAGACAGACGGGCUCCAGCAGCAGGAACCGGAGCUCGCGGAGGACCCCGCUGUGGGACAUCCUGGACGAGCGGGAAAGCCCGGACUCGCUUGACAACGAGGACGACGACCUGGUGACGCUGGAGCUGAGCGAGAUGCUCCUCAUGCUGCUCACGGCGGGAACGGACGACGAGGUGACGGACUCGGAGGACGAGUGGGAUUUGUUUCACGAGGAGCUGGACGAUUUCUACGAGAUUUACCUAUAGCAGUCCCGCCCCUGAACCCCCCUCUCCAUUUAUGCUAGACACUAGAAUGGACUGUCUUGUGCAAGUGAUGGACAGUAGCUCCCUCUGUGUUGUGGCAGUGCCUUGAAGCAGGCCAUUAAUAACUGAACUUCUAAAAAGAUAAAAAGAAAAAAAAAACUACACCUCAGUGCGCUCGUGCUAAAUAUUUUAUAGACCUCUAUCCUCGUGACUCCUUCCUGUUUGUGUCCAUGAGAAGAAGAGUAACUGUUGCUAAUAACUGGGUCAGGUUUGUACAUAUUCUGACAGUCUGAUGAUGCACUUGAACUACUCUUACUGUAAUCCAGCUGGGCAUGUGGUCAGGUUUUACAGGCGCUUUCUGAAGGCCGGAUCUUCUCCUGUUUGUUUAUAAAAGCUGCUCAGAGCCGAUAUAUUGUGCUGAUGUUUAAUAAAUGACAGUAAUCAUUUUCA